AUGAUGGCGCUGGUUCGCGAUCUUGGGUUUCCACGGGAUAUUACUGGAGUCAUUCAGGAGUACUGGAAUGUCUUUGUGUCGAAUCUUGUCGAUUAUCAUGACGGCAGGGUGGCUAUGCCCAUGAGGGAAGACGAUGGUGCCCGUGGAGACAAAACCGAGGACGGUCAGGACAAAGAAGUGAUUACCGACAGUGAAACAGAGGCAGAGGGGCCAACCGCGGCCGAGUUCAAGGAUAAGGCAGAACCGGUCACCCCUGUACAGGAUCUUUUGGACACACAGAAAGAGUUCCAGCAGUCAGAGAGCGAGUCUUCUGACGAUGACAACGAUGACGACGAGGACAAUGAAGAGGGGGAGGACUCCGACGAGGACAACGACCUCGGCAACAAGGACGAAGGAUACGAUGAGAGCGAGUCUGACGGCAGUGAAGGCAAUGAAGACAAUGAAGACACCACAAAUUUUGAACCUUAUGAAGACUACGAGUUCAGGGAGCUGACGGAUCCACUCCUACUAAAGAAGCGCGUCAGAGAGUCUACGGAUGGGCGGCUCACCAAACGGCGCAGGGGCAUUCUCAACAAUCGGUAUAGAACCGAUUAUCGCUUUCUGAAAAUGCGUUUCACGGUCGCAAUUCUGUACAUUUCCUCUCAGCACUUGAAGAUACCCGUCGCCAUUGGAGACUUUCAAAGGUAA